AUGGCGCCCUCACGCAACCUUCCCGACUCAGAUGCCUCAUCAAUGGUGGACACGCCGAUGACUGACGGAAACGAGUCGGUUGCACGUAUUCCAGUCGACGAGCCGGACUAUCCCAUGGCCGAUUAUCAAGACACUCCGGACUACACAGAUUCGGAUACCAACCCCAACACAACAGCAAGCAGCAUUGCAGGCGAUGUCGCCCAUUUGGAUGGACGGAAGCGAAGGUCCGAAGCUUUUCAGCUCAGAAAAAGUGUGCUUGGCAAGCAGCAUGGGCGAUUGGACGAGUCAAAGGAAGACGACUCAAUCAGACGAUUUCGAUACCUUCUAGGCUUGACAGACCUCUUCCGUCACUUUAUCGAGACAAAUCCGAACCCGCGCAUCAAAGAGAUCUUGGCGGAAAUCGACCGACAAAACGCCGACGAACCCACCAAGGCGAAGGGCUCUUCUCGCAAAGGCGGCGCUAGUAACGACAGGAGGCGCCGUACCGAAAAAGAGGAAGAUGCAGAGCUUUUGAAAGAUGAAAAGAGCGGUGGAGAGGCAGCCACCGUUUUCCGCGAGUCUCCGGCCUUCAUUAAAGGAGAGAUGCGCGACUACCAGGUAGCCGGUUUGAACUGGUUGGUAUCUCUCCACGAGAACGGCAUUUCUGGUAUCCUUGCAGAUGAGAUGGGUCUUGGAAAGACUCUGCAGACUAUUUCUUUCCUUGGAUAUCUUCGACACAUCUGUGGCAUCACCGGUCCACAUCUCAUUGCAGUACCAAAGUCUACUCUGCACAACUGGAAGAUGGAAUUUGCAAAAUGGACACCGGAAGUCAACGUUAUGGUCCUCCAGGGAAGUAAGGAAGAGCGUCAUGAGCUAAUUACUGAGCGCCUCGAGAAGGAGGAUUUCGAUGUCUGCAUCACCAGUUACGAAAUGAUUCUCAAAGAAAAGUCUCAUCUCAAGAAGUUUGCUUGGGAAUAUAUCAUCAUUGACGAAGCUCAUCGUAUCAAAAACGAGGAGUCUUCACUUGCUCAGAUCAUCCGUGUCUUCCACUCCCGCAAUCGGUUGCUUAUUACCGGAACGCCCUUACAAAACAACCUACACGAACUCUGGGCUCUGCUUAACUUUUUGCUGCCAGAUGUUUUUGGUGACUCGGACGCAUUUGACCAAUGGUUCUCCAAUCAGGAGUCUGAUCAGGACACUGUUGUGCAGCAAUUACACCGUGUUCUCCGACCAUUCUUGUUGCGCCGUGUGAAGAGCGAUGUCGAAAAAAGCUUACUUCCCAAGAAAGAAGUCAACUUAUUCGUUGGCAUGUCGGACAUGCAAGUCAAAUGGUACCAGAAAAUCCUCGAAAAAGAUAUCGAUGCUGUGAACGGUGCUGCUGGCAAGCGAGAGUCGAAGACCCGCUUGCUCAACAUCGUGAUGCAACUGCGCAAGUGUUGUAAUCAUCCUUAUCUCUUUGAAGGGGCCGAACCCGGUCCACCAUAUACAACGGACGAGCACCUUGUCGAUAAUUCGGGCAAAAUGGUUGUUCUAGACAAGAUCUUGAACCGUAUGAAGAAGCAAGGAAGCCGUGUCCUCAUCUUCUCCCAGAUGAGUCGUGUCCUUGAUAUUCUUGAGGACUAUUGUGUUUUCCGUGAGCACAAGUAUUGUCGAAUUGACGGUUCAACGGCACACGAGGACCGUAUUGCAGCGAUUGAUGAGUACAACAAAGAAGGCUCGGACAAAUUCAUCUUCUUGCUCACUACACGUGCCGGUGGUCUCGGUAUUAAUCUUACUACUGCAGAUAUUGUCGUCCUUUUUGAUAGCGAUUGGAACCCACAAGCCGAUUUGCAAGCCAUGGACCGCGCUCACCGUAUCGGCCAGAAGAAACAAGUGGUCGUUUUUAGAUUCGUCACGGAACAUGCCAUUGAAGAGAAGGUCCUCGAGCGAGCCGCGCAGAAAUUACGACUAGAUCAGCUCGUCAUCCAGCAAGGCCGUGCCCAGCAACAAACAAAGAAUGCUGCAUCCAAAGAUGAUCUAUUAGGAAUGAUUCAAUUUGGAGCUGCCGAUGUUUUCAAGAGCAAGGGUGGCACGCUUGCUGGUGGAGCUGAAAUGACUGAUGAUGACAUUGACGCAAUUUUGCGCAAAGGUGAAGAGCGAACGGCAGAGCUCAAUAAGAAAUAUGAAAAGCUCGGAAUCGAUGAUCUCCAGAAGUUCACUUCGGACAAUGCCUACGAAUGGAACGGCGAAGAUUUCACAAACCGCAAGAAGGAUAUCGGUAUCAGUUGGAUCAAUCCCGCGAAGCGAGAACGCAAGGAACAGUUUUACUCUAUCGAUAAAUAUUAUCGUCAAGCUUUGGCUACUGGUGGACGCACUGCUGAUCCCAAACCCAAGGUGCCACGUGCUCCUAAACAAGUCUCUAUUCAUGAUUGGCAGUUCUUCCCCCCGCGGUUGCAUGAACUCCAAGAGAAGGAAACGGCCUAUUUCCAUAAAGAGAUUGGCUACAAAGCUGUUCUUGCUGAAGGAACCGACGACGACCUGAGUGAACGCGAAGCCAAUCGAGACCUCGAACAGCAAGAAAUCGACAAUGCAGUACCCUUAACCGAAGAUGAGCAGGCUGAGAAGGCCCGACUUUCCGAAAUGGGCUUCUCUCACUGGAAUCGGCGAGACUUCCAGCAAUUUGUCAACGGAUCUGCCAAGUUUGGUCGGACGGACUAUGAAGGUAUAGCUACCGAAGUUGACAGCAAGACUCCCCAAGAAGUGAAGGAAUACGCCAAGGUUUUCUGGGAUCGCUACGACGAGAUCAAUGACUACCCCAAAUACAUUCGUGUCAUCGAACAAGGCGAGGAAAAACUUCGCAAGAGCACACAUCAGCGAAAGAUGCUUCGAAAGAAGCUGGAUAUGUACCGUGUUCCACUACAGCAACUUAAGAUCAAUUACACGGUAUCUACCACGAACAAGAAGGUAUACUCUGAAGAGGAAGAUCGAUUCCUCCUCGUCAUGCUUGAUAAACUAGGCAAGGAGGAGGAUACCGAAGGUAUUCAACUCUUUGAGAGGAUGCGUGAGGAGAUUCGGGAAAGUCCUCUUUUCCGAUUCGACUGGUUCUUCCUCAGUCGAACGCCAGUUGAACUCAGUCGUCGCUGCACCACAUUGCUCAACACAAUAGCUCGAGAGUUCGAGCCCGAAUCGAAAGCCAAUGGGGAGAGCAAAGGCCGCGUCCGCGAUCGCGCCGAAGAGGAUGCUGACGAAGAGGAAGAAGAGGCGCCCGCCAAGAAGAAAUCAAAGAAUGGAGCUGUGGUAAACAAGAAGCUCAGGGGUGUCAAAGCUAGCAGCAAGGGGUCAUCAGCAAACACAUCCAGGGCUGCCAGUGUAUCGUCCAAUGUUCAGACCAGUAAAUCGAAGAGCAAGAAGAGAUGA